AUGCAGCUCAAGUUUGGCCGUGCGUUCGAAUGGGUUGCUAUGCUGUCUGCCCAAUACAUUCCUCGGAAUAUCGAGAUAGAAUGUGCAACUAAGACUGCGAAACAACCUUCAAAUGGAGGGAAACAAAAUGGAACACAAAAUGUGCAAAAUCACUGUAUGUUGUUUUCCACAUGUUAUCGGUCGGUACGUCAUAUCAACGUCAAUUUCUUUGUUAUGGUAUGCCAUAGGCCAGAAGUAGUCAAGUUGACUAAGAAGCUUUCACCAAGGCUGAUUGUUGCUACGAAACAUUUUUGUAGUAUGCUUAAGCCUGCAAAAGAAGAAGCCUGA